AAAAGAAAUGGGAAUAUCUGAUAAGUGGUGGUAUUUGUCAGGGCAUUCUGGAUUCUCAGCCGGAAAUGUUACUCACGUUCAACGUCGUCCUGAUCUUGACAAUAAGCUUAUUAAAGAUUUCAAAGUCAAAGAUGUUUACUCUGGAAUUGUAGAUCUUUCGGGAACAGAAUAUUAUGUAAUUUAUGGAAAAGCAGUUUCGCAAAUCGGUGACGCUUCGCCAGGUAGUUUGGUGUGGACUGUUGAUUCCAAUUAUUAA